AUGGACGAGCACAUCGAAAAUACUGACCCCAAGGAGGUUAUUCGAGUCCCAAACUUCAAGUACGCAAGAUCACCUCGGGAACAGAGGUUGAUUUGGAAGCAAGAUCUUGCAAUCGUGCCUCUUCUUGCUGGAUGUUUCUUUUUUGCUUAUUUGGACCGUACGCAAAUCGGCAACGCGAGGAUUAUGGGUCUUGAAACAGACCUCGGGCUUUCAAGUAGCCAGUAUUACAAUUGCCUAAUGAUGUUUUUUGUCGGUUAUAUGGUAUUUGAGCUACCUGCCGCUUUGACCCUGCGAUAUCUUCCUGCCCCGGUCGUUUUUGGAUUUUCAGUGACCCUAUUUGGUGUUGUUGCUUGCUGUGUAGCCGCCAUGAGCUCUUACGCGGUCCUCAUGGUUCUUCGAGUCUUGAUUGGUCUAUUUGAAGCAGUCGUUCAAACGGGUAACCUAUAUCUAGCCCAUUGGUAUUAUCCCAAUGAGGUGGGAACAAGAGCCGCAUUCUUUUACCUUCCCGCUCCUAUCGCUGGCGCUAUCGGAGGUCUUAUCGCCUACGGAGUCCAAGGCCAUUUAGAAAAUAGUCAUGGAAUUCGAGCAUGGCGAUGGCUGUUUAUUGUUGAAGGCGUCCCUACAAUCCUUUGGGGUUUAUUAGUUCUUGCCAUUCUCCCUAAAUUUCCCGAGGUCGUCGCAAAAAGGGGACACUGGCUAUUUCGACAAGAGGAUGAGCGGGAGAUGAUUCUGCAACGAUCCAAAACAGCACGAAACGAACCAGAGUCAAAGGCAAAAUCUAGUCAGCUUUGGCUUGCGUUGAAAGAUCCCAAAUGCUGGUUACAGGCCAUGGCAGUUGGGGCGGUAUGUCUGAAUGUCGCGGCCUUUGGCACAUUUUUGCCAACGUUCAUCAGCCUUUUUGGGUUUUCGCCCUUAAUGACCCAGUUAUAUACAAUUAUCCCGUAUGCAUUCGGCAUCAUCACUCUCCCAAUUGGCAAUGUCCUUGCGGAUCGAUACGAUAGAAAGGGUAUUCCAACCCUAAUAUGUUUGGGGGUAUGUCUUAUUGGGUACAUUUUACUCUUAUCUAGUACUAACAAGGUGGUAUUGAUGGCCGGAUGCUGUUUCGUAUCUGCUGGAGCCUACCCAGCCGUAAUUCUCUCAAGCGCCUGGGUUCUCAUUUCCAAUGCCGGGUAUACUAAGCGAGCCACCGCGUGGGCUAUUGCUCAGAUUUUUAUCCAGUGUUAUAGUAUAAUUAGCACGCAGGUUUAUACUGAUGCACCCCGCUUCUUUAAGGGGCACGGAACGUUGCUAGGUCUGAAUGCACUUGGAGUUGUUGCGGUUUUAAUCACCAUGUGGAUGUUUAACCGGGAGAAUAAGCGACGAGAUGCAAUCGCUGCCGAUUUUGCCUCUCGCGGGGAGAUCAAUCCAGAUACCCAUAGGAGUUAUGAGGAUCUUUGUGAUAAGCAUCCGGACUUCAGGUAUACCUUGUGA